CCCCGUGGGGGGUGGGCUGGCAGUUUCGUCUAGGGCAGCUGAAACCGGUUUGAGAGGCGGCAGUAGCUGGGCUCCGCGCUGCCCCGGGCCACCUAAGGGAGCGCUGGCGAGGCGCUGACGCUCGGCUCAGUCGGCCGCGGCCCAGGUCUCGGCGCGGCGCGGCUCGGCAGCAGAAAUUCUAAAAUAAAUCCAUCAGAAUGACACCUUCUCAGGUCACCUUUGAAAUAAGAGGAACUCUUUUACCAGGAGAGGUUUUUGCAAUAUGUGGAAGCUGUGAUGCCCUGGGAAACUGGAAUCCUCAAAAUGCUGUGGCUCUUCUUCCAGAGAACGAGACAGGAGAAAGUAUGUUAUGGAAAGCAACGAUUGCUCUCAGUAGAGGAAUAUCAAUUCAGUACCGCUACUUCAGAGGGUGCUUUUUAGAACCAAAGACUAUCGGUGGUCCAUGUCAAGUCAUAGUUCACAAGUGGGAGACUCAUCUACAACCACGAUCAAUAACCCCUUUAGAAAGCGAAAUCAUUAUUGAUGAUGGACAAUUUGGAAUCCACAAUGGUGUUGAAACACUGGAUUCUGGAUGGCUCACAUGUCAGACUGAAAUAAGAUUACGUCUGCAUUAUUCUGAGAAACCUCCUGUCUCAAUUACCAAGAAAAAAUUCAAAAAGUCUAGAUUUAGGGUAAAGCUUACACUAGAGGGUCUGGAGGAAGAUGAUGAUGAUAAGGUAUCUCCCACUAUUCUUCACAAAAUGUCCAACAGCCUGGAGAUAUCCUUAAUAAGUGACAAUGAGUUCAAGUGCAGGCACUCACAGCCAGAAUGCGGGUAUGGCUUACAGCCUGAUCGCUGGACUGAGUACAGCAUACAGACAAUGGAGCCAGAUAACCUGGAACUAAUCUUUGACUUUUUUGAGGAAGAUCUCAGUGAGCAUGUAGUUCAGGGUGAUGCACUUCCUGGACAUGUGGGCACAGCAUGCCUCCUGUCAUCUACCAUUGCUGAGGGUGAGAGGAGUGCUGGAGUCCUUACUCUGCCCAUCAUGAGCAGAAAUUCCAGAAAAACUAUAGGCAAAGUCAGAGUUGAUUUUAUCAUCAUCAAGCCGUUACCAGGAUACAGUUGUUCUAUGCAGUCUUCAUUUUCCAAGUAUUGGAAGCCAAGAAUACCACUGGAUGUUGGACAUCGUGGCGCAGGGAAUUCAACAACAACUGCCCAGCUGGCUAAAGUACAGGAAAAUACUAUUGCUUCUUUAAGAAAUGCCGCCAGUCAUGGUGCAGCAUUUGUAGAAUUUGAUGUUCACCUUUCAAAGGACUUUGUGCCUGUGGUAUAUCAUGAUCUCACCUGCUGUUUGACUAUGAAAAAGAAAAAAUUUGUGCAUACACAGAAAUUUGAAGCUGAUCCCGUUGAAUUGUUUGAAAUUCCAGUAAAAGAAUUAACAUUUGACCAGCUCCAGUUGUUGAAGCUUUCUCACGUGACUGCACUAAAAGCCAAAGAUCGGAAACAAUGUCUGGCUGAGGAAGAAAAUUUCUUUUCUGAAAACCAACCAUUUCCUUCUCUUAAGAUGGUUUUAGAAUCAUUGCCGGAAGAUGUAGGAUUUAAUAUAGAAAUAAAAUGGAUUUGCCAACACAGGGAUGGUGUAUGGGAUGGCAAUUUAUCAACAUAUUUUGACAUGAAUCUGUUCUUGGAUAUAAUUUUAAAAACUGUUUUAGAAAAUUCUGGGAAAAGGAGAAUAGUAUUUUCUUCGUUCGAUGCAGAUAUUUGUACAAUGGUUCGGCAAAAGCAAAACAAAUAUCCCAUAUUAUUUUUGACCCAAGGGAAAUCUGAUAUUUACCCUGAACUCAUGGACCUCAGAUCUAGGACAACACCAAUUGCUAUGAGCUUUGCACAGUUUGAAAAUAUUUUGGGGAUAAAUGCUCAUACUGAAGACCUGCUUAGAAACCCAUCCUAUGUCCAAGAGGCAAAAGCUAAGGGAUUGGUCAUUUUCUGCUGGGGUGAUGAUACCAAUGACCCUGAAAACAGAAGGAAACUGAAAGAAUUUGGAGUAAAUGGUCUAAUAUAUGAUAGGAUAUACGAUUGGAUGCCUGAACAGCCAAACAUAUUCCAAGUGGAGCAGUUGGAGCGCCUGAAGCAAGAAGUGCCGGAGCUUAAGAGCUGUUUGUGUCCCCCCGUUAGCCACUUUGUCCCUUCUUCUUUCUGCGGGGAGCCUGAUAUCCAUGUAGACGCCAACGGCAUUGAUAAUGUGGAGACCGCUUAGUUUGUAGUGCGCAGAGGACGUUUGGGGGCAUACACCACUGCUCUGAUGUUUCAUCGUUGAGCACUGCUUCUCUGCCUUUUAGGUUUCUCAGUCCAAUGAAGCAAUAAUGAAGUAUUUUACUAUUUCAUUACAGUUUCUGCAAGAAUAUCAAGUAUGCUAUUUAUCACUUGGCCAGGUAUAAUUACCAAUCAGUCUGUACAAUGAGAAAAUGUACUGUUAAUAUUUUCAAUGGGAUAUCUAAGCCUAUAAUGUUGAAUCUUCAUUAAAAGCAUAAUACUUAGAAAUUAAUUAUAUAAAUAUCUGAUAUUUAAAGUUCAGGCUUUUCAUUUAAUUAGGUCUUAAAUCUUCAGUGCUUGAGAAAAAUGAUUGCAUAAUUAUACCUGACCAUGGAAAAAAUAAGUACCUCAAAUGCAUGCGUUUGCACUGGUGGCUCCAGCUGUACAGAUCUCUGUGUCAUCUGUGUACAUAGGUAUCUUUACAUGAGUUGAUAUGGACAUGCACCGUUUUCAUUCAGUAUAAACCUCAGACUGCUGCCAUUUCCCCACUGACCCAAACCAGCCUGCAGAUGAACCAUGACAUUUGUUUCACAAACCUUUCAAAACUGUUUUGCAUAAAUGUUAAAAUUCAAGAAUGCUGCAGGGUAACUUAAUGUAUAAAAUGUUAGUAAGAAGUAUAUAUUGCAUAUAUAGUAGUAUAGAUCACAAUAUAUAAAUUUGACUCAAUGCAUGCUUUAGGUUUUAAGCAUGAGAUUGUACAUGUUUACUCGUAAGUCCUUGCAUCUGGUGCUAGGUGAGUGAGAAGAUGUCAAGGACUGAAAAUAUUUUGUCACCUAAAAAAAAAGUCUGUUUGUAGACACUUUGAAUAUGCUUAUUUAGUGUCUCACUACCUAGUAAACGUAAUUGCUCUGUGUGUGUUACACAGUAGUUAAAUUCCUAUGCAGAAAAAUAAAUGUCCUGAAUUCUCAAAUUGGUAUUCUUUAUUGUUUAAUAUAUAUAUCAUGUAUGUAAUUUAUUUAGUAAUGUAGAAUGUUUUACUGUGUAUAAAUGCAUGUUUUUAGGAUUAUACUAAGAUUUCUUCAUUAGAAAGCAGAUUGUAUUGAUAAAACUGUAACUUCAGAAUGAAUGUUAAAUAAAAUGACAGAUUUAUUUUUUUUCUUUAUCUUAAAAAUGAAAUUUCAAGAAGGUGUUACUUUUAUAGAAUGGUUUAUAAUGGUAUUUUGACAAAUAGGAAUUUCCUUCUGAUCAUACAGACUGGCUCACUCCUCUUUCUCAGUGUGUUCCUACUGAGGCAAGUUGUUCAUGUAUUGACAGAUUUUGACAGGAGCCAAGAACCUAAGAUUUGAAAUGACAAAGUGUACCUUGGUUUUGUUUUUUGUUUUUUUGAGAUGACCUGUGGAGUCCUGGCUGUCCUGGAACUCACUGUGUAAACCAGGCUGGCUUUGAACUCUCAGAGCCAUCUGCCUGCCUCUGCCUCCUGAGUGCUAUUAAAGUCGUGCGCCACCA